AUAUCUCUGCGUGCGCGACGAAUAAAAACCUCAAAAACCUCCUUUACAAAAUUUGCCGAAAAAACAGAAAAAAAAAUCAGAAUCGAGAAAAGUUUCUCUCUCUGUUUCUCUCUCUCUCUCUCUCUCUCUCUCUCCUGGUUUGUCGAAGAAACAGAGGGUUACUGCAGAGGAGGGGCGGGACGGAGGGGAGCGAUACUCCCUCGAGAUGUCGACCCAGCACCGGCGCUCGUCGUUCUCGUCGUCCACGACGUCGUCCCUCGCCAAGCGGCACGCCUCCUCCUCCUCGUCGGAGAACCCCGGGAAGGCCGCCGCCGCCGCCGCCGCCCCGUCCCACCUGGCCAAGAAGCGGGCGCCCCUCGCCAACCUGACGAACCUCAAGGGCGGGGCAGGCGAUGGCAAUUCGCGAAGCUCAUCGGCACCGUCCGCUUUGGUGGCUAAUGCAACGAAACUGGCAAAGGCGAGGAAGGGAUCUUCUACUUCCGGCUCAAACAUGGGCCUCUCAGGAAGUACUUUACCGAGAUAUGCUAGCACGAAACCAUGUGGAGUGCUUCCUACUGUUCAUCCUUCCAUUCCAAGAAUAGAGAUAGCUGUCGAUCCCGUACCGUGCAGCAUGGUUGUUUCCCCCAGUAGAUCAGACGUACAUUCGGUUUCGCUGGAUGAGAGCAUGUCCACCUGCGAGUCUUUCAAGAGUCCUGAUGUUGAGUACAUCGACAAUGAUGAUGUUUCAGUGGUUGAUUCUAUUGACAGGAAGACAUUUAGCAAUCUUUAUAUCUCAGAUAGCGCAGCAAAAGCAGCGGUUAACAUUUGCGAGAGAGAUGCACUCAUGGAGAUGGAAACGGAUGAGAAGAUUGUCAAUGUUGAUAACAAGUACUCAGAUCCACAACUCUGUGCAACCAUUGCUUGUGACAUUUACCAGCACUUACGUGCAUCUGAGGCAAAGAAGAGACCUUCCACUGAUUUUAUGGAUAGAGUACAAAAGGAUAUAACUGCCAGCAUGCGUGCCAUACUAAUUGAUUGGCUUGUGGAGGUGGCUGAAGAAUACAGGCUUGUUCCCGAUACACUGUACCUGACUAUUAAUUACAUAGAUCGGUAUCUUUCAGGAAAUGUGAUGAAUAGACAACGUCUACAGUUGCUUGGUGUUGCUUGCAUGAUGAUUGCUGCAAAGUACGAGGAGAUCUGUGCACCUCAGGUAGAAGAGUUCUGUUACAUUACCGACAAUACGUACUUCAAGGAGGAGGUAUUGCAAAUGGAAUCUUCUGUGUUGAAUUACUUGAAGUUUGAAUUGACCGCUCCCACUGUCAAAUGCUUUUUAAGACGAUUUGUUCGUGCUGCUCAAGGGGUGAAUGAGGUUCCAUCUUUGCAGUUGGAGUGCAUGGCCAACUAUAUUGCAGAACUCUCUCUACUAGAGUACAAUAUGCUUUGUUAUGCUCCAUCCCUUGUGGCUGCAUCAGCAAUAUUUCUGGCCAAAUUCGUCAUCACCCCUUCUAAGAGACCCUGGGACCCAACGUUGCAGCAUUACACUCUCUACCAGCCUUCCGAUCUGGGAAACUGUGUCAGGGAACUGCAUCGGCUGUGUUUUAACAGCCAUGGUUCGACCUUACCGGCAAUCAGGGAGAAGUACAGCCAACAUAAGUACAAAUACGUGGCGAAGAAGUAUUGCCCUCCCUCAAUACCUCCGGAGUUUUUCCACAAUCAUGUCUAUUAGCCGGUGAUGACACUCUGCUCCAAUGCUCUGUUGGAAACCUAUCCCCUCCCCGUUGCUCACUGGCAACUCUUAAGCGCGUUCACCCUAUAACUGUUGAUCGUCGAAGAGAGUGGAUCCCAAUUCACUUCCUAAGAUUUUAGGAUUUCUGUCUCUUUCCCCACUCUUCUUUGCAGAAAUGUAAAUCCCCUCCUCUCUUUCAAGUUCCGUCAUUUUAUUUUUCGCCGCUGAUGAUGUUGUACUCUGGUGCACGCAGUUGAUUUUUCCCCGGCUGCACGGGUCGUAUGGAGGAUUAGUAGCUUCUUAAUGAUGAAAUAUCGUGGCAGAUUUAUUUUC